GUCCUCCAGAUGAUGGCGAAGAUGGUGAGGAGAACGUGUGCGUUUUGUUCCGAAGGGGAGGCUGGGUCUGUCAUGUACAUUGCCAAAGAGCAAAAUAUUGCAGCUCAUCAGGAUUGUCUGCUAUUUUCCUCAGGAUUUGUGGAAUCUGAAGAGUAUAACCCAGAUAAUCUGGAUUUAAGGUUUGAUGUGGAAUCAGUGUUGAAAGAACUCAGGAGAGGGAAGCGGCUGAUGUGCAACUUCUGCAGGAAGAAGGGGGCCACGGUGGGCUGUGAGGAGCGGGCCUGUCGCCGCAGCUACCACUACUUCUGUGCCCUCUGCGACGAUGCCGCCAUCGACACCGACGAGCUCCACGGCGUCUACCG